AUGUCGUUCAUCCAGCGCCUCUUGUCGUACGUGAUCAACGACGUGGCGGUCAAGACGCUGUCGAACUCGCGCGCGUUCCAGCGGGUCGCGCUCAAGACGCACUACCACUUGGAGGACGCCAAGACAAUGGCAGCCACGGGCGCAGACGUGCUCAAGAACUCGGUCGAGACGUACGUGCCGAAGGUGAGGGACUUUAGUCAGACGUUUCGGGACGAAGUGGCGCGGGAGAUGAAGAAAAUGAAGUGA